AUGCAAGGGCCCGUCUCAACCUUCAUGAUGAUGCGACUUGCACAGGACAACUCGAUCAUGGACAACAUCGACUACAAAGCGAAGGUUGGCUUCGUGCCGGCCAGCGACGGAGGCCGAGUCACAAUCGUCCUCUCGUUUGCGUCGGAAUCCCCUUCGCUCCUCGGAGCCGAGGCGUGCGGCGCCAAGAACGCCCUCGUGAAGGACGUCCCCGCAAAGUCUGGCGCGGAGGCCUCCGACGAGAGCAUCAUCAAGAAAGACCCUUCGGCAGAGGCGCCCGCCGCGGGCACGGUCGACUCGGCCAAGGCCAAGGCCAAGGCCGUCGGCAUCCCGCCCGAGAGCGAGCCCAGCCCGCUCAAGGACGGCAUUGACGCGGGCGGCGGCAACGUCGCGGGCGAGUCUUCGCCGAUGAAGUCCUUCGCGAAGGUCGGAAUCGUGCCGGCUGACGACGGCCGCAUCACGAUCGUCAUCUCCGAGUCGGUGUCGCCUUCGCUCCUCGGAGCCAAGGCGUGCGGCGUCAAGAGCGUCAAGGACAUCUCCGUGGCGAAGUCUGGCACGGAGGACGUCCUCAAGAAAGACCCGGCCGCGGUAAAGGCGCCCGACGCGGGCGCGGUCGACUCGGACAAGCCCAAGGCCAUGUUCGCCACCCACGCGCCGAGCCCGCCCGCCGUUUUCUGGUCCAAGUUUACGCCCCUCAAGAAGGACAUCCCUGCGGCAGAGUCUGGCGCGGAGGCCUGCGUUGACGAGACCGGCGUCAUCAAGAACGACCCGGCGCUCAAGCCGGCCACCAAGGGCGACUGGAACGUUUCGAACAAGGAGACGGCCGCCCCGACGGUGAGCACCUCCCAGCAGAAGCACCCGCGGGUCAUCGACGGGUGGAAGACCCCCUCCCCGCUCCGCAAGAUCGAGCGCAAGGGCGAGCCCAACCUGAUCGACCGCUCCAAGAAGACCACCAAGAACCCAACCCCGAUCGGCCGCGUCGACCCCAACGGGUUGGGCGAGCCCAACCUGGUCGACUGUUCCAAGAGCACCACCCCGACCGACCCACCGACGGCCCCCAACGGCGUCACCACAAACGCCCCGGCUCUCACGCCGGUGGCGACCGGCGGCGCGCCGCUGCCGUCGAGCGAGGAGGGCGACGCCGACUGGACCGUCUCGGCCAAGGAGUCUCCGCCAGCGGAGAAGCUCGCCCCGGCGGGCAUCCCCGACAGGACCACCCCGUCGAACCCGCGCCGCAAGAAGCGCCGCAAGAAGGGGCGCAAGGGCGCGUCCGCCCCGAUCGUCCGCGCCAAGAGCACCGCCCCGGUCGGCGGCAACAACCGGUUCGGGGCCCUGCUCGGAAGGGACGGCAACGAGGGCAUCCUCGGCGGCACCGGCAAG